AUGGAAGAGGGUGUAGUGCAGGAGAUGCUGCGCAGCCCACUGGGCCGGCUUUUCGAAUCUGCCCACCUGGUUACCGAUGUGUCUGGUUCCGGCAAUAACUGGGCCGUCGGGCAUUGCUUAUACGGCAGCAAGUACUCCGAGCGGAUUCUGGAUGUGCUCAGAAAAUCUGUGGAGGCUUGCAGCAGUCUCCAGUGCUUCUUUGUCCUGCACUCAAUGGGUGGGGGAACAGGCUCCGGUAUCGGCAGCUUUAUAUCCAAUCUUUUGGCUGAUGAAUUUGUUACGGCCGUCUUCCCCUCUUUGGACGACGACGUGAUCACCUCCCCCUACAACACUGUCCUCGCGUUGAACCACCUAACCGAGUUUGCCGACUGUGUCCUUUCUGUCGACAAUGGGGCGCUGAGUUCAAUUGUUCGUAGGGCUCAAGCCGAACCACUGCCCAGGCAUCUAAAAACUGCCAAUAUAGGAAGUGUUGUCUCCAAUGAGGGCUCUCUGGCGUCCACAGAGCGAGUUAAACCGUUCGAUGCCAUGAACAACAUUGUGGCCAAUGUGUUACUCAAUCUCACAAGGUUAGCGUUUAUCUAUUAUUCAAAAUUUGUUACGUCACUUCGCUUGCAUGUGCUAGAACCAAAUACUGUCCUUGCGACGGUCGAAUACGACUUGCAGGACCGGAUACCGGAAGUUGGCAGACUCACAGCUAGAGAGUUAGAGAGAGAGUGCCUGUGGAAUUGA